UUCAGGUGCUCUCUCCAGUCCGUGGAAAGUGGAAUAUCUACAGCAACAUAUCUGUGCAUUGAAAGGCUCGUCUGUCGUCAUUCCUUGUUCAUUUUACUAUCCUGACAAGCAGAUGGUGCAAAGUGUCUUAUGGGGUCAUGAAAGGUAUAAUAUCUAUGUCGGUCCUUUCAUAUUUGAUAGCAAGGCGAUUAAUAACUCUUCAAGAUUUCAGUAUAUUGGCAACAAAGUACACAAUUGUUCUUUAAAAAUAUACCAAGUGGAGCAUGAUGAUAGAGGAAAGUAUACCUUCAGAUUUAUAACUAACUCUCCGGAGGGAAAAUGGACUGGUAGAGCUGGCUCAACAUUGAAGGUUGUUGAUUUGGAUGUUUUGGUGUCUGGAACAACGAAGGAAGGUGCCAAUGUGAAUCUGACCUGCACAAACAGCUGUGAUGGCGGUAACCUUUCAUCUGCUUUCACCUGGUUUAAGAACGGAGAACUCACAAACGAAGGCCCUGUACUUUAUUUAAGCAACAUGUCUGCCACAAACUCCGGAAACUACACUUGUUCUCUAAAGACACACUCUGGAGCAACUUCAGCAGUCAUAAAUGUUGAUGUUGAAUAUGGCCCAAAGAACACGUCAGUGUCUGUCAGACCAUCGAUGGAGGUGGACGCUGGCAGUAACAUCACCCUGAUCUGCAGCAGCCGUGCAAACCCCCCAGUGGAGAAUUAUACUUGGUUUAAAAUAGAUAAUGAUGAUAUUAUGGUUGUUGGACGCCAGCCUGUGUUCAUCCCUGGAGAUGAUGGCCAGUAUUUAUGCAGCGUCUCCAACAAACAUGGAAGUCAAAACUCCUCCAUUGUCACUCUAAAGAUAAAGAAAUUUUGGCCAACAUUUACCAGAGAUGUGAUUCUCAUUGCCACUGUUGCUGUGCUUCUGAUUGUGACCACUGUGAUUGCUGUCACAAGACUCAACAUUAAAAGGACAAGUGCACCAGAGCCAGACUGUGAUGAAGACAUACAGAAUGCCAAUUAUGUCAACUUGCCUGUUUUUGACAAUAACCAAUCACAAGAGGGAAAUCCGUAUGAGGAAACAACAGCAGAAGUCAUCUACACAACUGUUGACUUUGACACCAAGAGGAAGCCAAACAUGGAGCAGCAGAUGGUUUCCCAUACUGGUGACGACAGUGUGAUUUACAGCACAGUGUGCAGGAACCAACCCAUCAUAUGACAAGCCCGAUUUGACAACAAACGCAUGCCGUUUUGCAGUAACAGGUGUACAGACUUGCUUUGCAGUGAAGAUAUUAUUGUUUUCAUAGUAUAAUCUCUGGGCAACAAGACAACAUGUGGGAAUAUCAAAAACAAGACAUUGUUCAACAGAAUGUCACUGAAUGUUUAUCUAAGGUUGUCAGGAAAUACAUGUUGAUGAUUUUUUUUACAGUUAGUUUACAGUGUUUGUUGGCUGCACAUUGAAAAUCUAUAAACUUAACACAUCUGAGGUGAUGUCCUUCUACUGGUCUGCCUCCCCCAGUUUAACAGGAGGAUGAAGUCUGCUGGCAACCAAAGCCAAUGUCAAAAUAAUCCAAUAUAUCUCAGUGUCUCCUCGUAGAGAGUGCUUGGUGUUUUACAAAUGAAACAUGCUCUUUUUUUGUGGUUUUGGCACUGCGAAGGUCAGUUUGCUUUCAGUAGUCUUUAGCUCCUGAGCUUCCAAAGAGUAAUUUCCUAAAAUAAUAUACGCAAGGUAGGCUACAGACAAUGGCAGCAGGCUCCUCAGGCUGUAAAAGACGGAAAUGUGUGAAAGAAAUUAAGUACAGACACAAACUAUUAUACUUGACAAUAAGAGAUGAGAGCAAAACCAAAAGCAGUAUACAAUGGAACAGAAAAAGAAGUAAGUUUCGUUUAAGGAACGUUUUUAAGGGGAAAACUGCACAGAGUGAAAGUGAAACAAUUUUACUCAGCUCUCAUUAACGGUCACUGGUCCUUCUUUUUAUUGGUACAACAUCCUGUCACUACACUGAAACUGUGAAGAUUUUCUUUUCAUAACACAUCUGCCUGGAUGCCCUCCAGGGCAUUAAUAAUACACCUUUAUUCAAUAUAAGCUCACAUCUGCAGCCCAGUGAGCAAAAUGGCUUCUUUAAUACUGUACCUGAGACA